GCAGCAAGACAAAGGCAGAGAUAAGCGAGGCUUCGCGGCAGCCUUGCCUGGAGAACUUGACACUUGCCAGACCCCAGCCAGCAUGGUUGUCCUGAAUCCAGUGACUUUGGGAAUUUAUCUUCAGCUUUCCUUCCGCUGUAUCAUGUCUCAGCCCGCUUUCAUCAACAGCGUCCUCCCCAUUUCAGCAGCUCUUCCCGGCCUGGAUCAGAAGAAGCGUGGUGGCCACAGAGCAUGCUGCCUCCUGACGCCCCCUCCCCCACCACUCUUCCCACCACCUUUCUUCAGAGGGGGCCGAAGUCUGCUUCUCUCCCCAGACAUGAAGAAUCUUAUCCUGGAACUGGAGACUAUGCCGUCCUCAUGCGCACAAGGAUCGCUCGGCUCCCCUGGGCCGCCUGGCCCCCAGGGUCCACCGGGACUUCCUGGCAAGAUAGGACCAAAGGGAGAAAAGGGGGAGCUUGGCCUACCAGGAAGGAAGGGUAGACCCGGCUCCCCGGGUGUUCCUGGCAUGCCUGGGCCAGUCGGCCCUGAAGGACCCAGGGGUGAAAAAGGUGACCUGGGUAUGAUGGGCUUGCCAGGGUCAAGAGGACCAAUGGGCUCCAAGGGCUACCCUGGAUCCAGAGGGGAAAAGGGAUCCAGAGGUGAAAGAGGUGACUUGGGUCCCAAAGGAGAAAAGGGUUUCCCAGGAUUUCCUGGAAUGCUGGGGCAGAAAGGUGAAAUGGGUCCAAAGGGUGAGCCUGGGAUUACAGGACCCAGAGGACCCAGGGGAAGACCAGGAAAACGAGGAAAGCCGGGGCAGAAGGGAGAUAGUGGAGUAAUGGGCCCACCAGGCAAGCCUGGGCCUUCUGGUCAACCUGGCCGUCCAGGUCCCCCAGGCCCCCCGGGCCCCCCAUCCGCAGGACAACUUGUGAUGGGACCCAAAGGGGACCGAGGAUUUCCCGGGCCUCCAGGAAGCUGUCUUUGUGGAACCCCUACAAAUGUGAAUAACCCUUCCUACAGGGAAUCCGUCUUUGGGCCCAGUUCGCCUCAUGUUCCUGUGAUUUUUGUAGUCAACAACCAGGAGGAGCUUGAAAGGCUGAACACCCAAAACGCCAUUGCCUUCCGCAAAGACCAGAGAUCUCUGUACUUCAAGGACAGCCUUGGCUGGCUCCCCAUCCAGGUGACCCCUUUCUACCCUGUGGACUACACUGUAGACCACCGCGGCUCCUGUGGGGAUGGGGUCCUACAACCCGGGGAGGAGUGUGACGAUGGAAACAACAAUGUUGACGAUGACUGCAUCAGCUGUCACCGGGCCUACUGUGGAGAUGGUCACCAGCACAAGGGCGUGGAGGACUGUGACGGCUCUGACUUUGGCUACCUGACGUGCGAGACCUAUCUUCCUGGGUCAUAUGGAGACCUGCAGUGCACCCCGUACUGCUACAUCGACUCCACAUCCUGCCGCUACUUCACCUGAGGGCCCGGAGGAAGAGGAGGAAGAGGAGGAGGAGGAGGAGGAGGAGGAGGGCUGUGUCCUACAUCACCGGCAGCAGCUCCUCCCCUCUGGGCAAACUGACUUCAUGCCAUCCCGGUCCAGUUUCCACCACCUUCGUGUGACAAAAACAAGGACAAACUCUUGAUGAUAAGACAUGCUUGUAACUCAGUCCAACUGGAAGAACUUAGGACUACUGCAUCCUGUCUUAAUCCGAAGUCCCGGAAAACCUUCCACGUGCCGACCUGGGAACUGUUCCCCAUUGCUACCAUCCUGCCCAAUAGCCAAACCUACCGUGCCCUUUCUCUUCUGGAAUGUUACUGACCCAGACCAUGGACUUGGCUUAGAACUGUUAGCCCUGCCUAGACCUGCUGGGCCUUUCGAAUUUGUUCUUAUCCCACUUGGGGCAUCUGGUAUACAGGCCUCUGCGCUCCUCUGACCUCUGGAAACGUGGGCCUUCUCACCAAGGGCAGCUGGCUGUCAGGUGUCUCCAGGCCCAUGAGCCACAAAGUGGGGAGGUGGGCCUGUUCUCUCGGAAUGGCUCCUGGCUUGGACCCACUGAGGAACCCCUCAACCGGCUACAGCCCAGCACAGCCUCGUGUGGAUGCAGCUUCCCCAAGAAGAGACCCAACUGUGAAAAUGUCCUGAGAAAGCCACCAAAACGGUGCUCUGGCCCUGGGAGAGGGUGGAGGCCCAGCUGGGGUGCUCAGCACAUGAACAAUAGUGGAGCAGUGGCCUUCUGCUUCUCAGUGUCUCCCAAAGGGGUAGCGCUUGUGGUUUCACUAUCCCCAGUGCCAUAUUGACCUCGUGGCUCUCUGCGCCCUUGACCUCUGUCUUGUGAAUGCCCCUUAUGUUUGUUUCUUGUUCAGGAGAUUGACUACCAGAGGGUGACCGCCCAAGUCUAUACCUGGCUUUUGGUGUUUCCAGUCCUUAGGAAAGCACGCCUCUGGGUUUCCCCCAUGGGAGGGCCUACGACUGAGUGCCUGUCCCAGGCAGAGACCAUUUCUGUCCUGAGCUCCAGCUCCUGGCUGCCUGCUGACUCCUGUGUGCAUCCUGAGACCUUCCCUCUGUGUCUCUGUAGUGCAUAGUCUUGCCCUUGUAUCUGUGUGCCUGAGCCCCCCACGAUUCUGCAGGCUCAUUUACCAGGCUUUUGGUAAGCUGCCUUGUACCAUCAACUUCCCUGAGUGGGGCUUAGCUUUGUUUUGGAAAGAUGUCUCCCCCACGGCAGACCUCAAAUGGGAUUUGUUUAUUUGUUACUAGAUGGAGGGACACCUCGGGGCUUUUGUACGAAGCUAUUUAGUGCGCCUGAGUCCUGGGGACUCAGUAGGCAGGGGCUUCUGGCCCAGCAGGCUGUCACUAGUGGUCUGCAGUAGAUGGGAUCAGCCCCAGAGUGACGUCCUUAGAGGUGGGCACACUGGUCAGCCCAGUUCCCUUAGCCUCUACUGCACACCUUGGGGUGAUGUUGCCCCCAUGUAAAGCUACACCUUCAUGCUGGGAUGUCUGGAUGGAAAUCAAGAAAUACAAGCAGUUCAUUUCCCCCGUGUGGCUCUCUCUUCUGUUUGGAAUGAGGGGUCUGAAUUCACUGCCACCCAGGCUUUGCAAAGGGUUCCAGGAUGUGGAGCAAUACUACCCCCUUAGGGACAAGGGAGGAAACAGAUGUUGAGAGUUACAGAGGGACUUUCCUAAGGCCACAAAGCCUGGUCUUGAUAACCCAGCACCACUCCAGUCUUAUUUUAGGACCACAUUUAAAACCGGAUGGAGCUCCAACACUGCCCUUAGUUGGAGCUGGACACGAGAGGCCCUGUCCUGGGUCCCUUGCCUUGAAGGGCACCAAUCUGGCCCUCCUCUGGCCAUGACCCUCCCCACAGGGCAGGAAGUCUAUGAGGCCAAGGUGACCCGCCCACUGGAGCUUGUGCACCCCUCUCCCAGACCAUGAUCCAAGUACCCGGGAGACCCCAGCUCCCAGCCAGGUGGUUCUGAGCCUAAGCAGCCCUUUUCCACAUGUCUGAGUGUGACCUGCACACACCUGGGUGGCCAGGGACAAGUUGUGUUUAGGGGUUAUAGAUGGGGCUUGGAUACACAGGUUGGGGUUUCCACACAGACACAUGAAGCCCCACUCUGUGUGGGCUGGUCCUUGCCCCUCCUUCUGCCCCCACGGAGCUUUGAGGAAUCUAAGUAUUCCAGAAUCAAACCCAGCCUUCCAGGUCUUAUGGAAAGUGUGACUGUCAAGUAAGCAGAGAGACAUAUUUGGUAAUAGUUUGUUAGAUUCUAACAUAAGUACUUAGACAUGUGGCAUCUUGUAACCAGAUCCCACGACAUCAGAGGUGGGCCUGUCUCUGACGAUUGCAAAGGGUUUCUGAACGGCUCUGAAAAUGAAAGAAUUUAAAGCCACAUGUUCAAAGUAUAUAUGUAAUAAUAGUAAUCCUCCCCCUGUGGCACUGUCAUUUUUUUUAACUUUAAUUCAGUUCAUUUAUAUAUAGUGUAUUGGUUUCAGAGGUAGAGGUCAUUGAUUCAUCGGUCUUAUCUAACACCCAGCACUCACGACACCACAUGCUGCCCUUACAGGGGAACCUGUAAGCAGGCCAGGUGGCCACAGAACAGGUAGCCGAAUGUUUCCUGAGAGCAUUUGCUGGCUCUGUGGAGAGCUGAGGUGCCACAGUGGGGAGGGAAGAGCACUGUACUGGGAGUCCUGCCACUAGGGCCCUGACUCGGUUUGUCACUUCUCAUAGACUCCAUCUCCUUACCUGGAAGAAACUGUACAUAAGGAUUGAAUUUUCUUCCAGCCCUAACAGCUUGUGGGUGGGGACUCUGUCCUCCAGUGGUGACAGGGGAUGCCUAGGAGUGUGAUGGAUAUCCUCACCUGCUCCUGAGGCUGUCACGUGGAGUGGCUGAGACUAUCUCUGGGUCUUCAGAGCUGCAGCUCAGUCACCAAAAAAGGGUAUGUUGGUUUAGAUGCUUUUGUUGGUAGGCAGUAGAAAAUCCAACUUAAAUAUAAUAUAAACCACAGGGUGGAAUUUAUUGGCUUAUAUAACUUAAGAAUUCCAGUGGCAGAGUGGAGAUCAGGCAUGGUUCAAUCGAGGUUCCCACUCCAUUUUUCUCUUGAGCUGUCCUAUCUCCUGUUAGUUUGAUCCUUGAGUAGUCAUAAACUGACUAUUGCAGUUUCAGGCUUAUGUCUAUACCCUAUAAUAUCCAGAGGAAGAGAUAAUAUCUAUUCUAUUCUAUUUGAGAUAACAUCUCAAAUUUUUUUUCCAGAAGCUCACCCCAAGUCUUACCUUGAACAUCAUUGUCUAUUUGAAGUCACAUGCCCAAUCAUUUGUUAUUGUCAGGAGAAUGCCACCUGCUAAUUGGAUUAUAGCUGGGCUUCUGAAACCAUGGAGGCAAAAGGUGUAAGAUGACUCCUUGCCCAUCCCUGGGGAUUCUCCAGAAGCACAUCUGCUGUGUAAGGAAAGGGUGGCUAUUGGACUAUAUCAUGGGGAGCAGGUAAGGGGUAAAUGGGUGCUGGGUACACACAGUGUCUACCCCAGUGGCUGUCUCUGGUUUUGCUUUUCCUUUUGGCAGGAAUAUGUGCUGAGCCUUUGGGGCAAACAUUUAGGAAGAUUCUUCACACCUAGAAAGCUCUUGGCUGAUUCCAAGAGAUCUACUCAAAAGAAGUUGACUUUCCUAGGGAGCCAUAGGAUGUGAAAGAGGUGGUAUAGUUUGCUUUUGUGACAAAAGGAGAGGAUUUGGUUCACGU